AUGCUCAAACUCUAUGUCCUUGUCUACAAAGGCGAACCUCUGGACUACCAUGAAUAUCGCCACACCGCUUUGUACCUGAAGCUCCCCGACAACCAAAGUUUCAUCAUGCACAUCCUGGGCACGCAGGGAAUGUUCGAAUAUGCUCAGAUCAAGAACAAGGAUCCUUCUGUUGUGGGAUCGCUCGCAAAAGUGGUGCCUGUGGCUGAUAUCUCCGAGGUGGUCGGCUCAGGACCCAUCCAGUCCACCGUCGCCAAAACACUAAUCAAGAACGGGCCGCUGGACCUGGACUGGAACUGUCAGCACUGGGUUGGUGAAGCCUUGAGUAAACUUGCAGAGCGAGAGUAUAUCACUGUUACGGAACGCGCUGAAGCUCUCGAUCGGAUGAUGGAUGCGUGUCUCGAGGCCAUGGAUGAUUGA